AUGAUCAACGAGAAGGGUACCCCCAAGACCUCCCACACCCUCAACAAGGUUCCCUUCGUCAUGGCCAACGCCCCUGAGAGCUGGAGCCUCAAGAAGGGUGGUGUCCUUGGUGACGUUGCCCCUACUGUUCUGGCUGCUAUGGGCAUCGAGCAGCCCGAGGAGAUGACCGGUGAGAACCUGCUGGUCAAGGCUUAG